GAUUGUUCCUCAGUUAUCUUUUAUUAAUUUCAAGACAUAUCUGUCAAGAGUGGCAGUCAUUGAUAAAUCAUACUAGAAGAUAAUCAGUCGUCAUGAAUUUCAGAGUUUCGAUAUGGAGCUGCAAAGCACCUUUUAAACCUUCAAGUCCUCCAUUUCCUUUUCACAUCUACAUCAGAACAAUAAAAAUUCCAUCUACAAAGUCGGCAACAUAUUUUAAAACAUACAAAUCACUUGAAUACGAUACUACUAUAGACAAUUAUGAGUAGCGCAGGCGGGUCUUCUUACGGACAAUCAAGGAAAAGGGAUAAACCGUCCGAAGCAUUUCGUCCCAAAUUAUAUUCAAGAACUUCACACUCGAAUAAGGGCUCCCACCCCUUUCCUCCCCCGCCGCCACCGCCCCUGCAUCGUUCUUUCUCUGGAUUCAAUAAAGACGACGAUCUAAAUUGGAACCGAGUAGAUACAGACAAUGUGACCGGUCAACGCAUCUGGAGACAGCAAGGCCUCUCUGUAGAGUCUAGCACUCGUCCUCGGCUUUUUCGAAAACAACCUAGGAGCGGUAUUGAAACUUUUUCUCCACCAGAAGCACCAAAUCUACAAGGGACUGUGUACUCGAGUAGUGGAAGACAGCUUUCUGAGGGAAUCCUGAAAAAUAUGGCCCAGCUAGCCGUAACGCCUGAUUCCAGAAUCGGUUCAGAAGCCUUGAGCCACCCAAGAGAAUUAUACCAUUUAGGGGGAUUGGCCCCCAAAGCAACUACACAAACAAGCACUCAUUUUAAUACUGAACAAGUACAGCAGUACUCUAGUGAGGCAGUAAAUAACAACUCAACAAAGCCCCAAAAAGGGGCAUUUUACCCAGUACACACAAAGUCUGGCCCGCCUCCUCCAAACUAUCCUAUUCCUGACUCAAGUUCGCGAAGAUAUGCUCCAAAGACACCGGCAGACAAAGUCCGACUCGCUCGAGAAAAAAAUCCAAAUCGAGAUCCUUUUCCUGGCUCAGGGUUCUUUCCGAAUCAAAGAUGUGGUGAUUAUACUCGUGGUGGAACUCCUCUACCUAAAGUUGCUGACGAUCAAAAACAAGCCAUCUCAAGCAAGUCUUCGCUCUCAGAUUUACAUGCCAACGGUCUCAGAGGUGGCUUAGACUCACGAGAAAGCUCGCAAAGUCCGCAUCCGAAUAAAACCCGAAUAAAAUCAUCCUCACCAAGAGAGCUUAAAAAGUCCAAUCACCCCUGGAGUUACAGUAUUCCGGGUGAUUGGACCCCAUCCAAGCCAAAAAUGAAAAUUCGAAAUGAUAAUAUCCUGGGGAAAACUUUGAAGAGCAAAGGAUAUAUAGACGCGACGACCUCAAAAGGCCUGGUGCGCAAAAUCAUACCAGAGAAGAAAAGAAAUAAUUUAAGGGGCCGGGAUGAUCGUAAAUCAAAUUACAGAGACGAUCAUCGUAAGAAAAACGAUAGCCGUUCUUCUGAACAACUCGAUGAUGAAUCUGUUGAAGGGCUGUCUUACCCUGCUUCUCCCCAUCAAUUCGACACCAGAUCUCUCCGGUCUACUAGGUAAACCUAGACUUCACGGCCACAGACUCGCGAGUCGACGCGGUGUCAGUGGACAACGCUAUCCUCUCAUUAAUUUCAACGGUCUUCUUAACCUUGAACUAGAUCAAAUCUAUCAUUCCACAUCAGAUAGUCAUAGUUUCCUAGUCUAAAAAGUUUUAGGGAGGGCGGGGUAUAAAUGGCUUUUUAUGUAUUUUAAUGAGGAAUAAUCUAAAUGCCUGGUUUUCA